AUGGCAGACUCGGCAAAGCAGUCUUCGCAGCGCCCGCAGCUCACCAGCAGCAUGCGGAGCAGCUCCUACCUGAGCGACCACCAGCAGUACCGCCCGCCGCAGCACCGGAUCCCCGAGGCGCAUCACGGCAUCGACACCGUCGUCGAGGACUCGUCGCCGUCAAAGUCGCCCAAGGCGGCGCUGCCCUUCAAUGGCGUGCCGUCGCCCGAGCACCCCCCCAUCAUCGUGGACAGCGGCGUCACUCACAGCUACUCGCACCAGAACUGCGCGCCCGCCGCGGGCCACAAGACGGACCGGCUGAUCGCGACGUUGUUCUACAAGGGAUUUGACAGGAACGCGCCUGGAGCGCGGAGCACGUCUGGCGGCCUGAGCAGAUCGCGCUCGCCGGCCAAGAGCGGGCUGGCCGACAGCACCGAGUCUCUGCCCCCGAACAUGGCCCCGACGACCAGCAUGGAUGACUUUCCUCUGGAGCCCCCCACGCAGGAGUCGGAGCAGCUGGACCAUCUCUACGGCUCUUAUGUUUCGCCGCUGUGUGUCACGUCUUUCCUCCAUCUCAUGUCGACGUUUCCUUUGCCCGACGGCGCGGAAGAGCCUCACUCGUCGCAUCGCUGCUUGGAUAACCAGGAGAACCCGCGCGUUGUCGAGCUGACAUUGACGCCCGCCCCGGCACCCAGUUAUCUGAGCCUGGAUGAUCUGCGAAAGCACGAGCUGAUUUACCGAUUCGAGCAGGAGUGGAACGUUGAUGUGGCUUUGCAGAGGGAUGUGAUAUGGAGGAAGCAUCCCAGAUUGGUCGUCUUUGACAUGGAUAGCACCCUCAUCACUCAAGAGGUUAUCGAUCUGCUGGCCGAAACCGUCAAGGACCCGCCGGAUCUUGCGGAGCGAGUGGCCAACAUUACACACCGGGCUAUGAUGGGAGAACUCAACUUUGAGUCGUCAUUCCGAGAGCGAGUCGCUCUUCUCAAGGGUCUGCCGGCAACACUCUUUGAAGAUCUCCGGCCAGUCCUCGACGUCACCAACGGAGUGCGGGAGUUGAUCAAGGCUCUGAAACGCCUGGGCGUGAAGACGGCCGUUCUCUCCGGCGGUUUCCUGCCCCUGACGGGAUGGCUGGCCAAGGAACUGGGCAUCGACCACGCGCAUGCCAACGAGGUCGUCAUCGAGAACGGCAAGCUCACCGGCGAAGUAAAGGGUGUCAUUGUCGGAAAAGAGCGUAAGCGCGAUCUCCUCGUUGAGAUUGCCCAGAAGGAGGGCAUUGAUCUGUCGCAAGUCAUUGCCGUUGGCGACGGCGCCAACGAUCUGCUGAUGAUGGAGAAGGCCGGCCUGGGCGUGGCGUGGAACGCGAAGCCAACGGUGCAGAUGGAGGCGGGCGCACGGCUGAACGGACAGAGCAUGCUGGACUUGCUCUACCUGUUUGGAUUUACGGGCGAGGAGAUAGAUCUGCUCAUUUCUUAG